CACACCGCGCCUGCGCAGAGAAAUACAAGAUGGCGGAGAGUGCGGAACUGAAGCAAAUGGUGAUGAGCCUGCGGGUGUCGGAGCUACAGGUGCUACUGGGCUAUGCUGGGCGCAACAAGCACGGACGCAAACACGAGCUGCUGACCAAGGCGCUGUAUCUUCUGAAGGCCGGCUGCAGCCCCGCCGUGCACAUGAAGAUCAAAGAGCUCUACAGACGGCGCUUUCCUGCCAAAAUGGUGUCCCACUCAGAAAUGGCCCUGCCUGGACCGCACCACCCUGCCACAGCUGGAAUGGUUGGUGGAGGGGGUGCCGCGCUGCCCGCCGGCCUGACACAGCUGGCUUAUGAGGGUCAUGCCGGUCACGGUGGAGCCCCGUCACCCGCUGCCCUGCUGCCCCUCUCACUGCUCGGCCCAGGGAAACAUGAGCUGACUGGACUGACGCAUCAUCUACCGGCCUCAGCCACACUGCACCCGGUCCAUCCAGAUGUCAAGCUCCAGAGGCUCCCCUUCUACGACAUGCUGGACGAGCUCAUCAAGCCCACGAGUCUAGCCUCAGACAACAGCCAGCGGUUUCAGGAGACGUGUUUCGCCUUCGCAUUAACGCCACAGCAAGUCCAGCAGAUCAGCAGCUCAAUGGACAUCUCGGGGACCAAAUGUGAUUUCUCAGUUCAAGUUCAGUUGCGGUUUUGCCUGUCGGAGACGAGCUGUCCUCAGGAAGACCACUUUCCACCCAACCUCUGUGUGAAAGUCAACGGGAAGCCAUGUAACCUGCCGGGUUAUCUUCCUCCAACCAAAAACGGUGUCGAGCCCAAGCGGCCCAGCCGGGCCAUCAACAUUACCUCACUAGUCAGAUUGUCCACCACUGUCCCAAAUACCAUCGUGGUUUCAUGGACCGCGGAAAUCGGAAGGAGUUACUCCAUGGCAGUGUACCUGGUGAAGCAGCAGUCGUCCACAGCGUUGUUGCAGAGACUACGGGCGAAAGGCAUCAGAAACCCAGACCACUCCAGAGCGCUCAUCAAAGAGAAGCUAACAGCCGACCCAGACAGUGAAAUAGCCACGACCAGCCUUCGAGUGUCGCUGCUCUGCCCGCUGGGGAAGAUGCGGCUGAUGAUUCCAUGCCGGGCGCUGACAUGCUCCCACCUGCAGUGCUUUGACGCCACGCUCUACAUCCAGAUGAACGAGAAGAAGCCCACCUGGGUUUGUCCUGUGUGCGACAAGAAGGGUCCAUAUGAACAUCUCAUCAUCGACGGGCUUUUCGUGGAGAUCCUCAACAGCUGCUUGGACUGUGAUGAGAUCCAGUUUAAAGAGGAUGGCAGCUGGGCCCCCAUGAGGUCAAAGAAGGAAGUGCAGGAGGUGUCGUCUGGUUCUUACAACGGGGUGGAUGGUUCGUGCCGGACGUCCUCGGGUUCAGAUCAGCGGAGCUCCUCGUCGUCCAGCCACGGCGACGGCGGCAGCAACUGCAAGAGAGUGGAAGUGAUCGAUUUGACACUGGACAGCUCCUCAGAUGAGGAAGAGCAGGAUUCAUCGUCGCCGCCACCUCCGCCCCCUCCGGCCAAAAGGCCGUGUCCCUCCAUGUCUCCGACCUCGCCGCCCAUCAGCACCAAAGGAGUGUUAAACCUGCACCACCAGGCCUCUCCUGUGAGCUGCACCCCCACUAUGCCAGCGAUGGACACGAGCUACAUCCCCCCUGUUCCCCCACUUAUCCAGGAUUACAGACCCUACUACCACCAACCCAACGACCUCUCAGAGUUGAACUUCUUCUCUUUUCUUCAAGGGGACAAUCAUCAGCAUUACAACAUGGUGAUGGCAGCAGCGGCCGCCGCUUCGGCCUCAGACGACCACGACUUGCUUCUCAACCGCUUCCUGCCCUACAGCACCACCACCUCCUCCUCCGCCUCCCAGCUGUUCCUCGACCAAUCGGGAGCCUCGUCGGCCGCCUCGCUGACCGCGCCGACCAACGGGGCGAGCAGCUCGGGCAGCAGCAGCAGCCUGGUGUCGUCCAGCAGCCUCCGCGACACUCACUCCACGCACUCGUCUUCACACUCGGGCUCGCACUCCUCACACACACACCCCGGAGCGGUGGCCGGCCGGAGCAGCGCGGAAGCGGCAGUUGCAGCUAUUUACGGCGGAAUCCCCGACGUUAUAUCGUUGGACUGACCGGAAAAGAGUCAAGGGCACACGUGGGGUCCGGAUAGGAUCCAGUAACAAACCACAUCACAGACAGUUUGACUGCAGGGUGACGUGUUGAUCCAGAAACUAGACUGGAGUCCUGAUGACGAGGCUGCCUGACGAACAGCACUAAUGUAAUGAGUGGGUGAUCUGGGGGUCCCCUUCACGACACUGACCUGAGGACAGGACCGAGUUCAUCAGUGACAAUGUGUCGGUGAACUGACCUCAGAGCAGAAACCGUCACACUGGUGCCGUGGUACCAACCUGGCACAAAGCAGCGAAGACGCUACCUGAGCAGAAACACAACGGAGGAGGCGACGGCUCUUUUUUUACGGAAGCGAGGAGCGGCCCCGUGUACAGAGAACAAAAUAUAUUUUCCUCUUUUACUUUUGUAUGUUAAAUCUGAACAUUCACAGUCGAGUGGGCUGCUUCUGUCGCCAUUUCAAAGAAGAGGACUUUUUCACAAAGCUUAUACAUAUGCCUGUUGCCAUGUGGUUUUAUUUUCCUCCUCUUUUAUCUCUAUCCUGUUUGCGUUUCUCCAUUUUUAACUUCAAGUCUCUUCUUCUCAUUCUUAAACAGAUUAGUAGUUGCUCUUAACUGUGUUUUCAAGAGCUCGGCAGGCGGCUCAAAUCUUCAGAAAGAAGUUUCUAGAUGCUGAAUUUACAGUUUAUUCAUAUACUAAUAAUUUUAUUACGCUUUUAAGUUAUGUAUGAUAUUUAAACAGUUUAUGCACACAUAUAUAUAUGUGUGUGUGUUUGUGCAUUCCCUUUGACCUUCAGGUUAAUGCUGUGGGGAGUGUGUAGGUGGAAAUUUGCCAUUUCUGGUUUUUCACUUCUUAGUUUCCAGAAACAGCAAACAGAGACUUUCAGACUAUUUAUAUUUACCAGUUACAAUUUUGAGCUGGAGCUUUCUUUUGCAAUUUAUUUUAAUUUUUUGCCAAAAUGCCAAAAAAUAAUACACGGUACCUAUGAACAGUGAUCACAAUAAUCAGAGUGCAGUUGCAUCUGUCUGUUGCCACAGUGUUUUCAGUCGAGUGUCCAGACACUUUGACCUUCGUCCUUUUUGUCUCUCGUCUUCUAGUUUUGUGUUUCUCUGCUGAACUGUUAAGAAGUAAUUAGGACAGCCGUCAGUAUGUUGUAGCAGCGUCGGGCCUUUUGAGGAGACAAGCUUUCCCUGACAUGUGCCACAGCUUCACUGGAGCAGGCGACCCAGUUCAAACUAGUGCCGGUUCGGAGUAGUGUUUCCAGAAGAAUGUCUCAUAUGGUCACCCACCACAACCGAGGCCCCGUCUCUGUCUGAGCAAAAACUUGAGCUGCGAUUGAUUUCUGACUCUGGAAUUAUCUUUUGGGGGGGGGGGGGGCAA